AUGCACGACCGAGUAUGGUUGAAAAAGGUCCUCAUACCAUUCUGGGUCGUUGAGCUCGGCUUUCUCUUGGUGAUUAUUAUCUUCGGCAGCUUGAGUCUUGCCACACUCGCAGAAGAGGAGGCCUCUUACCCGACUUACUACAGAGGUGUCAUCAAAGCGCUAUUCUUGGGCACUGGAGUUCUUCUCGCCAUGGCAAUCAUCAGCAUGGCCUUCGUCAUCGCAAGCAUCGUCUUGUUCGCCAGACACAGGCUCAACCCGAUCACUUUUCUCGUAUUCCAGUGCAUCAAGAUGUGCUUCUGGACGUAUGUGUUCGUUGCCAGUAUCAUAAACAUUUCGGGUAGAGGCAGCUUCGCCUCAUCUAUCAUAUUCUCGGCACCACUCUUCGCCUGCUCUCUGGGUCAACUUAUCUACGGAUCCGUCAUCAUGCAUCGCAAGCGAAAGGGACUCAUUGGGCGUGGAGAAUACACAGGUGUGAAACCUUCUUCUCAGGCAUGGGGUGGCUAUGAGAGUCCGCCCAGAGGUAGCUAUGCUGGGUAUAACCCGCAAGGAGCUCCUCCCAACCCGUUCAGAGACACGAGUCGUGCGAGCUCUCCCAACCCAGCUGCUAGGCAGGAGCCUAUGUCGUACGACACGGCGCCACCAGUCGUAAGUCAUCCGGCACACCGCAAGGGCGAAGCAGAGAUGUACAACAAUCAGGCGAGCGCUGCGAACCAGUCGUAUGAGAUGCAGAAUACGGGCUACAGAGCAAGCUAG